AUGAAGGGUUAUCGAAGCUGGAAAAGUGAUUAUUUAAAAUCUGUUGUGAGAAAACAUGUUUAUCGAGAUGUAAGUUAUUCUAAAUUAUUCGAAAAAUAACAAGAAAAUUGCAGAAAAUCUCGGCGAAAUUCGAAAAUUCCAAAUCUCAAAGUAUCUCCAAGUCAAUGCAAAUAUUAUUCGAAGAAGACGAAAUGUAUGAGACUUACCCGCGCUCUGAAAAACUUCUGGAAUCGCUUGAAGCUCUUCAAACUUUCUCAAAUAGCUCACAAUAUUUUGAAGGCGGAUUGAAUUAUGAAAGAAGACAUUUUCGAUGGGUUAAAGAUCAGAAAGGCAUCGAAUUUAUCACAAAAUAUGAUGCACUUGGCUGGUUUUAUCAAAAAAAAAUGAGCGAAUUUCUGGAUAAUUAUGCGAAAAACGGCAAAAUCUACGUGAAACGUAAAAUUUUGUCAAAAAGUUUGUCCGAAAUCAUCAACAAUGUUGUGAUGUCGGAUAAGAAGUUUAUGAAAUUGUGCGCGAAUUUGGAAGGCUCGAAGUUUAGUGAGAAAAAUAUUGGAGAAUUUGGAGUGUGA